UCAGGGAGUAAUUACCUAAAAUGACAAAGAUAUGAGGAAAAUGGCGACAGGGUUUCCAUUUAUUUUUACCACCCUGUAUGAGGGUUUGAUAUGGGAGGUUUUGGAUAUGGGGUAUAUCCUGAGGAAUAUAUAGACAUCCUCGUUUGUCUUAGGAUAAAUAUGUAUAGUUGUCUUAUUUCGCACUGUCAUGCUCCAACUUAUUCAUCAUCAUAUAAAUAUUGCUCUGUUGUGUUUUUUCCAGGUGACGUGAUAGGGAAUGUGUACAUGUACCAGCAUGCUUCAUACAAUCCACUCCUGAUGCAUUCUAGGAAACAUCAUCCACUGCAACCAGCCCCUCACAUGAACAAAUCUACGUCACCUAAUUCAUACCAGCAGAGACAAAAUAGAAAAGUCAAAAAAAAGUCAUGCAUCAUCUUCUGCCACACAAAUGUUUCUACCUCAGUGAAGAUUGUUUUGUUGUUUUUCCAUUAAAAAACUUGUAUACAGCUGGACCAAAAU